AUGUCGAUCUCCAGAUCCGGUGAUGAAACCGGAACUAAAGUUUCAAAUGGUACCGUUGAGUGUUCAGUCGAUUUCCGAGGCAAGCCAUCCGUUAGAUCGGCCUCCGGAGGAUGGAGAUCCUCUGGCUUCAUCAUCGGUGCGGAAGUGGCAGAGAAAUUCGCCUACUAUGGGAUAGCCUCAAAUCUGAUAACAUACUUGAUGGGACCGUUAGAGGAGUCAACGGCGGCCGCAGCUUCAAACGUGAACCUCUGGUCCGGAACGGCAGCGUUUUUGCCGUUGUUAUGGGGUUCUAUCGCCGACUCGUUUCUCGGCCGUUUCCGUACCAUUCUCUUAACCUCCUCUCUCUACAUCUUGGGACUUGUGCUGCUUACGUAUUCAGCGACGAUUCCUUCUCUCUGUAAAGAUCAAGAAACAUCCAUCCUCUCGUGUGUUUCUCAAGUCAAAGUAGCCAUCUUUUUCUGUGCUCUCUAUCUAAUAGCGAUAGGUGAAGGAGGGUUCAAGGCAUGUCUUAGAGCUUUUGGAGCAGAUCAGUUUGAUGAACAAGACCCUGAAGAGUCCAAAUCCAAGAGCACUUACUUUAACUGGUUGUAUUUUGCGAUAUCAACUGGCAUAUUGGCCACUCGGUUGAUCUCGAAUUAUAUCCAGGAGAAUCUGAGUUGGGUUUUAGGUUUUGGGAUUCCAUGUCUUUCCAUGAUGCUUUCUCUGUCCUUGUUUUUACUUGGAAUCAACACUUACCGUUUCAGCACCGGAGGAGAAGGAAGAAAGCACAAUAACCCUUUUGUUAGAAUUGGCCGUGUUUUCGUGGCUGCUGCGAAAAACCGGCGACACGCUUCUUCAGAGACCUUUCCUCUUCUUCCUCUCGAAACUUCGAAGAAAUACAGAUUCCUAGACAGAGCGGCGAUUUCGUGUGAUUUAGCUGAAGUUGAGGAAGCAAAAGCUGUGUUAAGUCUCGUUCCGAUUUGGAUGUGUUGUUUAAUGUUCGGCAUUGUGUAUGCACAAUCUACUACUUUCUUCACAAAGCAAGGAUCAACAAUGGACAGAUCAAUCACAUCAACACUCCUAGUCCCUGCAGCAACACUCCAAGGCUUCAUAAGCCUAUCAAUCAUCGUCUUCAUCCCAAUCUACGACCGUUUAUUCGUCCCAAUUGCAAGAUCAAUCACUCGUAAACCAGCAGGAAUCACAACCCUUCAAAGGAUUUCAACAGGAAUUUUCCUCUCAAUUCUUGCAAUGGUAAUAGCUGCUUUGGUCGAGAUGAAAAGACUCAAGACCGCUCGAGAUCACGGGCUAGUUGACUCGCCUAAAGCCAUGGUCCCAAUGAGCAUUUGCUGGCUUAUUCCACAGUAUGCUCUCUAUGGAAUCUCUGAUGUUUUCACUAUGGUUGGUUUACAAGAAUUUUUCUACGGACAAGUACCGGUCGAGCUAAGGAGCUUGGGACUGUCUUUGUACCUAAGCGUAAUCGGCAUAGGCAACUUCUUGAGUAGCUUCAUGGUAUCGGUCAUCGAGAAAGCCACGAGUCAGUCUGGUCAAGUGAGCUGGUUUGCUAAUAACCUGAACCAGGCACAUCUUGAUUACUUCUAUUGGCUACUUGCGUGUCUAAGCUUUAUCUCCUUUGUUUCCUUUGUCUAUUUUACUAAGUCGUAUGUCUACAACAGCCCAAAGUAA